AUCAGACACGUCUGUAGAUUCAUCACCUGAUGGUGAAAUGCGUGAAUACAAUAUAUUUGUCUUAAAAUUUUUAUAUUUUAUUUUCGUGAAUAAUAAAUUCAUCUUUGAAACAUUUGAGAGCUUUUGAUUUUGCAAUUGCUAUUACCAUAAUGUUUUCAAAUAUAAUUGCGAAGUGAGUUUAAAUCUGGAGCUUCUUCUACAGAAAUAUUGUCAUUUAUAAUCGAACGUGAUUGUCAAAUGACACGAAACAUGCACAGGGGAAUGAUCGAAACGUUCUAUAAAACUAAUAUAUUUUAUCGAGCAAACAAUUGCAAAGACGUAUUUGUUUCCAGGCGACUGGGAUGACACCUUUGAUGUAUGCAGUCAAAGACAACAAAACAUCUCUUAUAGAGAGACUCAUAGAACUGGGAGCAGACGUUACAGCAAGGAAUAAUGACAAUUACAAUGCCUUGCACCUUGCUGCUAUGUAUUCAAGAGAAGAUGUAGUGAAAUUACUACUGACAAAGAAGGGGGUUGAUCCCUACUCAACAGGAGGUUCUAGGCAACAGACAGCUGUACAUUUGGUUGCUUCAAGACAAACGGGCACAGCAACUGCUAUUUUAAGGGCACUUCUAGCAGCCGCAGGGAAAGAUAUACGACUGAAAACUGAUGGGAAAGGAAAAAUCCCUUUACUUUUGGCUGUAGAAGCGGGAAAUCAAUCAAUGUGCAGGGAAUUGUUGGGCUCUCUAACUGGAGAACAAUUAAAAUUUGCUUCAGCAUCUGGAGACUGUGCGUUACACAUUGCCGCCAGGAAAAGAGACAUAGACAUGGUUAGGAUUUUAGUAGAUUACGGUACGAGCGCCGAUAUGCAAAAUGGAGAUGGUCAAACAGCGCUUCAUAUAGCAGCUGCAGAGGGGGACGAAGCUCUGGUAAAAUAUUUUUAUGGAGUUAGAGCUUCCGCAAGUAUAACUGAUAAACAAGACCGUACACCGAUGCAUUUGGCCGCCGAAAAUGGUCAUGCAUCUAUAAUAGAGCUUUUGGCAGACAAAUUUAAAGCUAGCAUCUUCGAAAGGACCAAGGAUGGCUCAACUCUGAUGCACAUUGCAUCCUUACAUGGGCAUGCUGACUGUGCAAUGAUGCUUUUCAAGAAGGGAGUUUAUCUACACAUGCCAAACAAGGAUGGCGCAAGAAGUAUUCAUACUGCGGCCAGAUAUGGUCAUGUAGGAAUUAUAAAUAAGUUACUGGAAAAGGGUGAAAAAGUGGACGUCAGAACAAAUGACAAUUAUACGGCAUUGCACAUUGCCGUGGAAUCCUGCAAGCCGGCGGUUGUUGAAACACUUUUGGGAUAUGGAGCAGACGUACAUGUUAGAGGUGGCAAACUACGUGAGACACCCUUGCAUAUCGCUGCUAGGGUUAAAGAUGGAGAUAGAUGCGCCUUAAUGCUACUAAAGUCAGGAGCAGGUCCUAAUCUAACCACGGAUGAUGGACAAACGCCUGUUCACGUCGCUGCAAAUCAUGGAAACUUGCAAACACUCCUGCUUCUCUUGGAAGACGGUGGAGAUCCAAAAUUCAAAAACAAGAAUUCGGAAACUCCGUUGCACCUGGCAAGCCGGGGAUGUCACCCGGACGUGGUGGCCCAUCUAAUAUCAUUCGUAAAGACCCAUCAUGGCGAAGAAGCAGCAAAACAAUACGUCAACGAAACCAACGAGAACGACGAAAGCGCCUUACAUUACAUCUGCUGCGUCACCAAAAACGAAGUCCUGGUGCCUUCUUCGGAUCGAGAAGUUGUCAAACUUCUUUUACAAAACGGAGCGGACGUCAAUCUUCUGACCAAAAGCACCCACGAAACCGCCUUCCAUUAUUUAGCUGUCGCCGGCAACAACGAGGUCCUUUCGGAAAUGAUUUCCCAUAUGACAACCACUCAAAUACAAAAAGCUUUGAACAGACAAUCGGCGAUAGGGUGGACGCCACUUUUAAUUGCGUCCCACAGAGGUCACAUUGAGUUUAUCAACAACUUGCUGGCAAACCAUGCCAGGGUUGACGUUUUCGACCUGGACGGUCGGUCUGCUCUUCAUUUAGCCGCAGAAAAGGGCUACAUAGAGGUAUGCGACUCCUUGCUAUCCCACAAAGCUUUCAUCAAUUCCAAGUCUCGAAACGGGAGGACUGCGCUCCACCUUGCAGCCCUUAAUGGCUACGUAGACUUGGUAAACUUUUUGAUAAAAGAUCACAACGCAGUGAUAGACAUAUUGACCCUCAAGAAACAAACCCCUCUCCAUCUGGCAGCUGGUGCCGGUCAAAUAAAGGUUUGCAGGCUCCUUUUAGACUUGGGCGCAAACAUUGACGCUACAGACGACCAGGGUCAAAAGCCUAUUCACGCGGCGUGUCAAAACAACCACUCCGAAGUUGUACAACUUUUUCUUCAGCAGCAUCCAAGUCUUGUAAUGGCAACAACGAAGGACGGAAACACGUGCGCCCAUAUAGCAGCAGCUCAAGGGAGUGUCACUGUCAUCGAAGAGCUUAUGAAAUUCGAUAGGCAAGGAGUGAUUUCGGCCAGAAACAAAAUAACUGACGCAACACCUCUGCAAAUAGCAGCAGAAGGAGGUCACGCUGAAGUAGUGAAAGCUUUGGUUCGAGCAGGUGCUUCAUGUACUGACGAGAACAAAGCAGGAUUUACCGCGGUCCAUCUGGCAGCCCGAAAUGGUCACGGGCAAGUACUGGAGGUGCUCAGAUCGUCGAAUUCCUUGAGGGUGUCUAGCAAGAAAUUGGGAGUUACUGCCCUGCAUGUCGCUGCUUAUUUUGGGCAAGCAGACACAGUGAGAGAACUAUUAACUAACAUACCAGGAACUGUCAAAUCCGACAUACCUAACGGUGCUUCACUCGUACCGGCAUUGGGAAACGAGUCUGGAAUGACCCCGUUACAUUUGGCUUCGUUUUCGGGAAACGAGAAUGUCGUCAGACUUCUCCUCAAUUCAGCUGGGGUUCAAGUAGACGCUUCUACUCAUGAAAACGGAUAUAAUCCGAUGCAUCUGGCUUGUUACGGGGGUCAUACCACCGUUGUGGGCCUCCUUCUGAGCAGGUCUGCCGAAUUGUUGGAAAGCCACGACCGACAUGGACGGAGAGGUUUACAUAUAGCUGCUACCCAUGGACAUUACCAAAUGGUUGAAGUACUUUUGGGUCAGGGAGCUGAAAUAAAUGCAACUGAUAAAAGUGGAUGGACGCCACUCCAUUACGCCUCCAGAGCUGGUUGCUUCGACGUGGUCAAGCUUCUAACAGAGUCCGGAGCUUCGCCAAAAUCGGAAACAAAUCAGGGAGCCGCCCCAAUCUGGUUUGCUGCAUCCGAAGGCCAUCACGAUGUCCUAGAGUACUUAAUGACAAAAGAACAUGAUACUUACAACCUCAUGGAAGACAGGAGAUUCGUCUACAACUUGAUGGUCUGUUCCAAAAACCACAACAAUAAACCUAUUGAAGAAUUCGUUCUGGUAUCACCCGCCCCAGUCGAUACUGCUGCCAAAUUGUCUAACAUAUUUAUCACAUUGUCGUCAAAAGAAAAAGAGAGAGCAAAAGAUUUGGUUGCAGCCGGAAAGCAUUGUGAAGCCAUGGCAACAGAACUGCUUGCUCUAGCGGCCGGAUCUGAGUCCGCUGGGAAAAUUUUGACAGCAACGGAUCGAAGAAGUGUCGAAUUUUUGGACGUUCUGAUCGAAAACGAACAAAAGGAAGUCAUCGCGCAUACGGUUGUUCAACGAUAUCUGCAGGAACUGUGGCGUGGUUCAUUGAAUUGGACGGCGUGGAAGAUUCUUUUGCUUUUCAUCUGCUUCAUUGUAUGCCCUCCGGUUUGGCUCGCGUUCACUUUACCUUUAGGCCAUAAAUACAACAAGGUCCCCAUUAUAAAGUUCAUGUCUCUCCUUACGUCCCAUGUUUACCUGAUGAUUUUCCUUUUAAUAGUAGGAAUUACACCGCCUUACCCUGUAGUUAGAGCAAGUUUGAUUCCUUACUGGUACGAGUGGAUCCUUCUGGUGUGGUUGAGCGGUUUGCUCCUGUUUGAACUAACAAAUCCCAGUGAUAAAUCUGGACUCGGUUGGAUCAAGUUAUCAGUUCUGUUGUUCGGUAUUUUUGGAGUGGGGUUGCACGUUUUGGGAUUAGUCCAGAUACCCAAAAAUCAAUGGCCAACUCUGAUGUACUGCAGGAACCAAUUGUUCGCGUUAUCGUUUCUGCUGGCUUGCGUGCAAAUUUUGGACUUUUUGUCAUUUCACCACUUGUUUGGGCCUUGGGCCAUCAUUAUAGGCAACUUGAUGAAAGACUUGGCAAGAUUCUUGGCAGUUUUGGCCAUUUUUGUGUUUGGUUUUUCCAUGCACUUCGUCGCUUUGAAUCAGCCCUUUGAUAACCUAAGUGACAGCCAGGUGGCCGACUUACCCAAGAAAGUUGAAUCACCUUUUCACGCAGUACAAAAGAAUCCCGUCCAGGUUUUUGAACUGCUAUUUUUCGCGGUUUUCGGACAAACCACCACCGACCAUUUAAAGACCGACGGUUGGACCCACAACCACAACAACCAGCCCACCUGGACCGAAGUUCUGUUUAAGAUCGUUUUUGGGGUUUACAUGUUGGUCUCGGUCGUUGUUCUCAUUAAUCUUCUCAUUGCUAUGAUGACCGAUACUUACCAAAGCAUUCAGGCUCAAUCAGACAUAGAAUGGAAAUUUGGUUUGAGUAAAUUGAUUCGUUCAAUGCACAGAACAAGCACGGCACCGUCUCCAAUCAACCUUAUAACAACGUGGUUGUUCUAUUUGGUAAAAAUAUGCAAAGUCCGAAUGAAGAAAAGGAAGCAGAGACCAUCGAGUUUGAUCCAAUUGAUGAACAGUUUUCAAGCAGGUCAACAGCUGAGUCCAAGAUCGAAGGCCGGUGCAAAAUGGCUUUCCAAAGUCAAAAAGGGAAGUCAGGUUGCUCCAAAGGAAUCGCUCACAGUCUCUACUACUCACUUCAGUCCUUUGGGGUCACAAAUGAGUUUUAAUAUACAAACAACAAGGAUUGAACAUGUCGCAGAUUGGGAAUCGAUUGCCAAAAAGUAUCGCGCAUUGACUGGGAACACGGACAAUGUCAAAACUGAAUCCAAAAAUGACGAAGAAGACGAAGACGAAGAGGAAAAUGAAAACAAUCAAAGUCAAAAUAACUCCAGUCCUCCAACAGCUUCAAAUUAACUUAGGUAAUAAUUAUUAGAUAAUUAUAACUCUGACUUCCUGACAAUUUAUACUUACUUUAAUAAUGAGAAUUAAGAGUUUAAUUAAAUGUGAAAUAUAUAUAAAAAAAAACAAUCAAUUUACAUAGUAGUUUUUAGACAACCGUUAUACUCGUGCACAAACUUGAUACAUGCAAAUAGACAAGAAAACUUUAUACUUUCUUAAAUAUUUAUACUUACUUACGUAGAAAAGUAUUGACUGUUAAAUGUAAUAUAAUAUACCGUUAAGCAUGUUUAAAGUUUA